AUGGCCUCCGACUUCUUCUACCCGAACACAGGGGGCGUCGAGAGUCAUAUCUACCAGUUGUCACAGUGUCUGAUCCAAUUGGGCCACAAAGUGAUUAUUAUUAGCCACGCCUACGACGACCGGACGGGUGUGCGGUAUAUGACAAACGGUCUGAAAGUGUAUUAUCUGCCGGUUUGGGUGGUUUACAAUCAGUGCACACUUCCCACACUCUUCACCACAUUUCCA